UCAACAAAAAGUAUUAUUGAGUGUGUGUGCGCGUGUGUGCCACUGCCCGUCGUGGUGCAACCGUUCAGUGUUCGUUUCUUUUCAUCGUCGUUGAGUAGUAGCCUACAACUUCAUCAACUUUUGGGAGGUCCCAGAUCGACAUCAAUUGAUAUGGAUCAUGGACAUCAAAUGGAUAUUGAGAAGCUGCGGAUGGCAGGCGCGGGGAAAGCCAUCGCCGUUCUGACAAGUGGAGGAGAUGCGCAAGGUAUGAAUGCUGCCGUUCGUGCGGUCGUUCGGAUGGGCAUAUAUGUUGGCGCCAAAGUCUACUUGAUCUAUGAGGGGUACCAAGGACUUGUGGAUGGAGGAGACCACAUCAAAUUGGCCAACUGGCAGAGUGUGACAAACAUAAUUCAGUUGGGUGGCACAGUGAUUGGCAGCGCCCGCUGCAAGGCCUUCACCACGCGGGAGGGUCGCCUGGCCGCCGCCUUCCACCUGGUCCAGAGGGGCAUCACCAACCUGUGUGUGUGCGGGGGCGACGGCAGCCUGACGGGGGCCAACAUCUUCCGCACAGAGUGGAGCGAUCUACUGGCUCAGCUGGUGAAAGAGGGGAGAAUCACCGAUUCCCUGGCCCAGCAGUACACCCACCUGAACAUCGUGGGUCUGGUGGGCUCGAUUGACAAUGACUUCUGUGGCACGGACAUGACCAUCGGGGCCGACUCGGCCCUCCACAGGAUUAUGGAGAUCAUAGAUGCCAUCACCACCACCGCUCAAAGCCAUCAGCGCACGUUCAUUCUGGAGGUGAUGGGUCGUCACUGUGGGUACCUGGCCCUGGUGUCUGCCCUGGCGUCGGGUGCUGACUGGCUGUUUAUCCCUGAGGCGCCCCCUGAGGAGGGCUGGGAGAACCACAUGUGCGAACGCCUGGGGGAGAGCCGCAGCAAAGGCUCCAGGCUGAACAUCGUCAUCAUGGCCGAGGGGGCUAUCGACAAACAUGGCAACCGAAUCUGCUCCGACUAUGUGAAAGAUCUGGUGGUGAAGAGGCUGGGCUAUGAUACCCGGGUGACCGUCUUGGGCCACGUGCAGCGGGGGGGCACCCCCUCUGCCUUCGACCGCGUGCUGAGCAGUAAGAUGGGUGUGGAGGCGGUGGUGGCUCUCCUGGAGGCUACACCAGAGAUCCCCGCCUGUGUCAUCGGGCUGUCGGGUAACCAGGCCAUACGCCACCCACUCAUGGAGUGUGUCAACAUGACAAAGGAAGUACAGAAGGCCAUGAAUGAGAAACGCUUUGAUGAGGCAAUCCAGUUACGUGGAAAGAGUUUUGAAAACAACUGGAACACGUACAGGCUUCUGGCUCACCAGAAACCAGCUCAGUCCAAAAGUAAUUUCUCCAUGGCCGUGGUGAAUGUUGGGGCGCCGGCAGCAGGUAUGAACGCAGCGGUGCGCUCGGCUGUCAGGGUCGGCCUCGCCCAAGGACAUCGUGUCUACGCCAUCCAUGAUGGCUUUGAGGGACUCGCGAAAGAUGCAGUGUUUGAGAUGCACUGGCACGAUGUGGCGGGUUGGACAGGCAGAGGAGGGUCAAUACUGGGAACCAAACGCACUCUUCCUAAUUCGUGCAUGGAGAAGAUCAUUGAGAACUUGAACAAAUACAACAUCCAGUCCCUGCUUAUUGCUGGAGGAUUUGAGGCCUAUGAGGGAGUGCUUCAGCUGGUGGAGGCUCGUAAGCACUACGAUGCGCUCUGCAUCCCCAUGUGUGUCAUCCCCGCCACAAUCAGUAACAAUGUCCCUGGCACUGACUUCAGCCUCGGAGCUGACACCGCCGUCAAUGCCGCCAUGGAGAGCUGUGACAAGAUUAAGCAGUCUGCCACGGGUACCAAGCGCAGAGUGUUCAUCGUAGAGACAAUGGGAGGAUACUGUGGUUACCUAGCAACCACCACAGGCAUCGCCGUGGGAGCAGAUGCUGCGUAUAUCUACGAGGAGAAAUUUAACAUCCACGACCUGAAAAUGAAUGUGGAGCAUCUUACUGAUAAGAUGAAGAAUGACAUCCAGAGAGGCUUGGUGCUGAGGAAUGAGAAAUGUAACGGCCACUACACCACUGACUUCAUUUACAACCUGUACUCAGCUGAGGGGAAGGGCAUUUUCGACUGUCGGGUCAAUGUCCUGGGACACUUACAGCAGGGUGGCGUUCCUACUCCCUUUGAUAGAAACUUUGGCACCAAACUGGGUGUGAAGUCUGUUCUCUGGGUUACAGAGAAGAUGAGAGACACCUACAGGCACGGCCGUGUGUUUGCGAAUGAUCCUGAUUCUGCGUGUGUGAUCGGCAUGAACAGGAAGGUGAUGGCUUUCAGCCCUGUAACCGAUCUGAAGAGCCAUACUGAUUUUGAGCAUAGAAUGCCCAAGGAGCAAUGGUGGCUGAACCUUCGCCUGAUGCUCAAGAUGCUGGCUAAGUACCAGACUAACUUUGAGGAGUAUGUCACCGGCGAGAUUGAACACGUCACACGCCGCACUCUGAGCAUGGAGACUGGAUUCUAAAAGCAUUGUCCCCUCUCGUCCCACAGAGGGAGCUAGCGAGUUGCUAUCACCAGACCCUUUGAUGAUAAUCCAGUUUCCCAACCUUUUUCCUUUUGCCCUAGGACUGUAUGACACACCUUGAGUACCCCCUCACAUAUGCUCUAUGUCUCUUCCUCUGUCCUAAUGUGACUACAGUGGGGCUACACACCUUUGUUAUUGUCAUUUUCUUCCACGUACUCCUUUUGUUUGAGAAACACUGCUAUAAUCAACGGCUCUGACUAUUGAUGGAUAUUUGCUAUCUGAAAACAGAAUGUACCUGUAUUCCCCAUUACAUUUUUUCUAGCACAAUCCCCUUAAGAUUUUAGUCCAAAUUGUCUUUUAAACUGUAGCAGUCUGCGUCUCUGAACAUGACACCACCAGAUGACUUUUGGAAGCCACUGAACACAAUCAGUUCAUCAGUAAUUUUUUGCUGUUGAUGUACAAGUGUAGUAUUAAUGUACUGUAUUUAGAAUUGUUAUGUUUGUUGUAUUAAGUUUCCUAUGUUUAGAGUAUUUGGUCAUGUCAUUUGGUAAGAAUAUCGGUGCCUUUGUAACUCAUGUCGUUUGUCAGUGUUACUGAGACAUCAUGAUGAAAUUAAUCUUUUACUCAAAGAGGAAUAUCCUACUGUUUACAACAGCACACCUUUAACACACAUUUCACUCAAUUAUGUUCAGCCAACACAUGUCUUUGUAAAGAUCUUUCUCUCUUAUUUAGGGUCAUAUGCAUGUUAACUGCAAUUCAUACGUUUAAAAGUUGUGUUUUAUUAAUACGGUUAAAGCCAUCUCUGAAUCACAUGCCUCAAGCUUUAACUGACCCUGUGACUUAACAAUCAGUCUGUGACAAAGGAAUGUGUGUGGACCAACACAUGCAUGCAACAGACCUUCGAACUGCCAAGGGAAAAAAAAACAAGCAAAAGAAUAAACUCAAGUUUUUGAUAAAGUUUCUCAAGGUAGUAAUAUAGAGUAGGCCUAUGUUAACAAAACAAAUGCCAGGGGCUGUGACUGCACUAUGGAAUCUCCUGUCCUUCAACUGCCAUCCCCUGACCUAGUUCAGGAAAAAGUAUUUUGCUAAUCUGUUAC